AUGGGCCCACCAAAGACUACGGCCAAGAGGCCGGCCCCGUCGGACAGCAGCACUACGAGCCCAACAACACCAGCGUCAGCCCCUGGCACUCCGCGUGCGGAGGAACCUCCCAAGAAGCAACCCAGGAAAAAGACCCCGGAAGAGCAGCUUCCCCUGACGCCCUUGCAAAAGGCCAAAGACAUGUGCGGCAAAUGUUUGAAACGAAAGUCCGAUGCGAGCAAUCUUGGCUUGACUUUGCAGUCAAUUCCAUAUGCGGAUGCUUUGAGCUCAGAGAUGACUGCAUUCGCAAAGAAGUUUGAGGAUCUCUACCUGAAGACGCAGGCCCUUGUGAACGCCCAGAACAAUGAGGAGGAUGACUACAUCCCACAUGUGAAAGAGUUCAUUUGCCUCCAGAAGCAGUUUGAGAAGCCCUACGCGGCCGGUAAUGCCAUAGCGAGGCCUGAUGUUGACGAAAACCCUGAGUUUCCCGACAAGACUGUGGAUGAGAUUGACAGCGCUUUAGUUUGCAGAAUGGCUGAACGGGUUGCUGAGGGAAAACUUUCUGUGAGUGGUGCUGCUGCUUGUGCUAGCGAUUUUGUUCAAGAUGGGAGUGUGAAGGCUUUCUGCUUCUGGAAAGGUGACAUGGAAGCUCAUGCGUACGCCCACCUUCUUACCCAGACUCAACGGUAUUACAGAUGCGCGCAAUGCUGUGAUUUUUGCUUGGCAACCACGGACAGAAGAUCACCAGAACUCAGCUGGGGAGAUUUGACUCUGAGAUCGUUGUGGCGGAGUACUCUUACACCUUCAGAUCCACAUGACAGAUCCCCAUGGACACAAGUUCCGGGAUUUGAGAAGAAGCUACGCUUGUUUGACCUUCUGCACAUUGUGCAUUUGGGAACUUUGCGAGAGCUCAUUCCUGCGGCCAUAAUCAGUUCAUUGGAAGAUGGAUCACUUCAAAUGUUUUUUGGAAUGACUGGCAGAAGUUGGGAUGAUACCCUGCAUGCUUUCAGCCAUCUAGCAGCGGCAUGA